UAUCCGCCCGUGCGUCUCGUCAUUGGCGGGGUGAGCGCCAUCUUGCGCCGGACUGAUCGGAUGAAACCCGGAGCGGACGGCGUCUCGACACCGUGCUGACGAGGUGCACGGCUCCACAACGUCACGGAAAGGAACUGUGAGAACAGUCGCCUCCAACGCUCGUCUCGACUGUGGACACAGAAGUUUUUAGCCUUUAUAGAGUCAACAAAAGGAGCCAAAAUGCCCAAAGCGGUCAACGUUCGCGUCACCACCAUGGACGCUGAGUUGGAGUUCGCCAUCCAGCCCAGCACCACCGGCAAGCAGCUGUUUGACCAGGUGGUGAAAACCAUUGGCUUACGUGAAAUUUGGUACUUCGGACUACAGUAUAUGGAUACAAAAGGAUACUACACGUGGUUAAAACUGGACAAGAAGGUGUCGUCUCAGGAAGUAAAGAAAGAAAACCCACUACAGUUUAAGUUCCGGGCCAAGUUCUUCCCCGAGGAUGUGAGCGAGGAGCUGAUCCAGGACAUCACCCAGAGGCUCUUCUUCCUGCAAGUCAAAGAGGGAAUCCUGAGCGACGAGGUCUACUGCCCGCCAGAAACCGCCGUGCUGCUGGCUUCUUACUCCGUCCAGGCCAAGUUUGGGGACUACGUCAAAGAUGUUCACCGACCCGGGUACCUGCUGUCUGAGCGCCUGCUGCCACACAGAGUCCUGGAGCAGCACAAGUUGUCCCGGGAGCAGUGGGAGGAGAGGAUUCAGGUCUGGCACGAGGAGCACCACGGAAUGCUGAAGGAGGACGCCAUGAUGGAGUACCUGAAGAUUGCUCAGGACCUGGAGAUGUACGGCGUCAACUACUUUGACAUCAAGAACAAAAAGGGAACCGAACUGACGCUGGGUGUCGACGCUCUCGGGCUCAACGUUUACGAGAAGGAUGACAAGUUGACCCCAAAGAUCGGCUUCCCCUGGAGUGAGAUCAGGAACAUCUCCUUCAACGACAAGAAGUUCAUCAUCAAGCCCAUUGACAAGAAGUCUCCAGAUUUCGUCUUCUACGCGCCGAGGCUGCGCAUCAACAAGCGGAUCCUGCAGCUGUGCAUGGGAAACCACGAGCUGUACAUGCGGCGCCGGAAGCCCGACACCAUCGAGGUGCAGCAGAUGAAGGCGCAGGCCUGCGAGGAGAAGCACCAGAAGCAGCAGGAGAGAAAGCGGCUGGACGAGGAGAAGAAGUUGAGGGAGGCCAUGGAGAGAGAGAAGGAGAAGGUGGAGCGAGAGAAGCAGGAUCUGAUGAUGAAACUCUACCAGUUUGAGGAGCUGACCAAGAAGGCGGAGAAAGACCUGAAGGACCAGCGAGAGCGGUCCAUCAAGCUGGACGCGGAGAGGAAGCGGGCCGAGGAAGAGGCGGCCCGUCUGGAGGAGGAGCGUCAGGCCGCCCUACUGGCCAAAGAGGAGCUUGCACGCCAGGCCGAGAACCAGAAGAAGAGCCGGGAGCAGCUGGCUUCGGAGCUGGAGCACCACACUGCCAAGAUCCUUCAACUGGAGGAGGCUAAGAAGCGCAAAGAAGAGGAGGCAGAAACGUGGGAGAUGAAGGCCCGCGAGGCUCAGGACGACCUCAUCAAGACCAGGGAGGAGCUGCACAUGGCCAUGUUGGCGCCCACGCCGCUCCCGCCCCCUCCCCCGCCCGUCUUCGACCACAUGGACGACAACAGCGACAGCGAGGAGAACACCAGCACGCACAGCGCCGACCUGCACAUGGAAGGGAUCAACGACCACCGCAACGAGGAGGACCGCCUGACUGAAGCCCAGAAGAACGAGCGCGUGCAGAAGCAGCUCAAGGUGAGAGUUGGGCUGCGACAACACUGGACCGUGACUCACCUUGGCUUCUCUGUCUGUGCGUGCGUGAGCGCUGACCUCUUCCUCCUCUUCCACCAGGCUCUGACCUCAGAACUGGCCCAAGCCCGUGACGAGUCCAAGAACACGCGGAACGACCUGCUGCACUCAGAGAACGUGCGCGCCGGCCGGGACAAGUACAAGACCCUGCGGCAGAUCCGACAGGGCAACACCAAGCAGAGGAUCGACGAGUUCGAGGCCAUCUAAGGGCCGAGACGCUCCACACGCGGGCGCCGCUACUGGACUCACCUGGAGCGCCGGCGCCACCUGCAGAGAGACAAACUCCUGUCAACCUUAGUGCCAAAACACCCGAUUUCUAAUCCAGACCAAAUCAUUGCGUAGCGACAUCGUAGAGAGGAAAUUUUGUUUUGUCCGACGUGCGCAAACGUGGACCAAUCAGAAGGAAGAGAAAUAGAUAUGUAUUUUGUUUGAACACUUCCAGUUAUGUUCAUUUUUGCGCUAGAGUAGCUUCAAUAGUGGAAUAUUUAUACUGUAUAUGGGACAUUAAAAAGGGUAUUUCAUCUUGGUUUGUAUAUUUUUGCUAUCUGCUAACAAGAUGACGUGUUUUUAGAGGUUUUAAAGAUAUAGAACUAUAUGUUGACCGAAGUCCAGGCAGCCGCUUCUCCCUCCACUGUUGAGAGUAAAUUAUUUUUUGGGUAGAUUUGAAUCUCAGCUGCUGGAUAAUCCAUCCGUGGAGGUGCUGUCGAUUGCGUUUAUAGUUGAAGAGGUUAUUACAGGUCGCUGUAAAGCAACGUGGCCUUCCUCUCUGGCUGCUCGGACACUUACAGGUCUUCAUGUUGUUGGAGCGGAGGUGCAGACCUCUGCCUGUUACUUUGGAAGCUGAGAAUUUUAUUUUGGUCGAGCGGAGUCGCUUCAUCCUCCCUGGACUUUGUCAAGGAAUUUUAUAAUGAGGUGUUCCACACGUUGGCAAUAAAAGAAUCCACCAGAACCUCAGCGCCGUCUGGUUUCAAGUGAUCACGUUCCUUAAAAAUUAAACACAUAAAUAUUUCUACUAAUAAUGAUCAUAAUAAUAAUGAGAUGACAAAAAGUGUUUUUUUUCUCCCAAACUAA